AGCGUCUUUCGGUUCUUCACUUCCACGAAAACAGAAACAGAAAACGAUCAGCUUACGCGCAAGGAAGCAGAAAAAGCGUGUCUUCGCUGCCUCUUCAAAAGACGCUCCCGAGGCCUCCUCCGCUAAAAGGCACAGUCAGUGUCGAAGAAGGAGGUUUUUUUUUUCUCCUUCACUGCUGUCAAGACGAACAAAUGGCGACAACAUCAGCAGAGGUGAAAGCCUCCGAGAAGCGGCAAUGGACGUACAAAAUCGCAAAGAGCAGCGUAUACCCCACAUCUCUCGACGCCAUCAACGAUCGCGUCGCCGCUCUGCGUCCGCUGUCGGCGCAACCGAACGCGGGUGUGCUUCCGGUAAUCCGCGCCUACUGCUCGCCACUGUACCUGUGUGUCGACGUGGAUGAGCAAGUAGCAGUAGAGCAACUCGGUGCCCGCGAGCAGUUCGUGCCGUUUUCUUCCUCUGCUGCGUCUCCGACGAUCCCCGAUGAGGAGGCGUCGGCGGUGGUAUUAGCUGUCGCCGAGACGCUCUCCCGCCUUCACGCCCGCGGCGUCGUUCAUGGUCACGUACACGUCGAUGUGGUGCGCCGUCAUGUGGCGGACCCGCGGCGUGUGGUCCUGCUCGAGGCAGAGCUGCCGAUGAGUGCGUUGGUGCCGCAGGGAGUCGUCGGCGCAGAGGCGCGACGCUGCGCGGCACCGGAGAUUCUGCGCGGUGCUCCGUACGGUGGAGCCGCGGAUGUGUGGGGUUUGGGGGUUCUCCUUCUUCAGCUGCUGUCGGAGCAAGCAAAGACGUGCUCGACGGCCGAUCUGGUGGACUCCGAUCUGCUCUCGCCAUUCCUUUCCACGCUGAGUCCGCAAGCGUUGAGUUUCGUGUUGCCGUGUUUGAAGGGGGACUCGUCAGCGCGGCCGCUACUGUGGAAUGUCAUGCAGCACCCUUUUUUGGCCUCGUUUCGCGAGAUGGAGAUGGCGGGCGUGACGGACACGACGGGCCGCAGCCCACAAAACAGCAGCAGCAGCAGUACCGAAGUGGAAGCGGAUACCGAUGAUGAAAGCGACGAGGAGAGUACGUCUGGUGAUUCAUUUUGA